UAGCAGUUUUGAGGUUUCCGAGCGGUCAGAGGGUUUGAGAGCGGACAGAGAGAGAGCUGAAGAGGACCAACAGCCGCACAAAUACUCACUUUAAUAACUUAUUAGUGGCGGAAACUUUAAACGGAUUAUUAUUGUAAGAGGAGAGGAAGUUUUACCGGGAUUCGACUGAUUUAUAGGCGCAGAAGGACGUUUCUCUGCAGCCAUGACUUCACACAACCUGAGCGGGUUAAAACGGGAGGAGAAGGGCAGAAACAUCCAGGUGGUGGUCAGAUGCAGGCCGUUCAACACGACGGAGAGGAAGUCUUCGUGCAGCGUGAUCGACUGCGACCCGAGCAGGAAGGAGGUCCUGGUGAAGACGGGAGGGAUGAACGACAAGGCGGCUCGCAAGACCUACACCUUCGACAUGGUGUUUGGUGCGGCGGCCAAGCAGAUCGAGGUCUACCGCAGCGUGGUGUGUCCCAUCCUGGACGAAGUCAUCAUGGGAUAUAACUGCACCGUGUUCGCCUACGGUCAGACUGGAACAGGGAAGACCUUCACCAUGGAGGGAGAGAGGAGUCCAGACGAGGAGUUCACCUGGGAGGAGGACCCGCUGGCCGGCAUCAUCCCCAGAACGCUGCACCAGAUCUUUGAGAAGCUCUCUGAGAGCGGCACCGAGUUCUCCGUCAAAGUUUCUCUGCUGGAGAUCUACAACGAGGAGCUGUUCGACCUGCUGAGCCCCAGCGAGGACGUCACCGAGCGCCUGCAGCUGUUUGACGACCCGCGCAACAAGCGCGGUGUGGUGGUCAAAGGUCUGGAGGAGGUCACAGUUCACAACAAGGACGAAGUCUACCAGAUCCUGGAGAGAGGAUCAGCCAAGAGGAGGACCGCCUCCACCCUCAUGAACGCUUACUCCAGUCGCUCCCACUCGGUGUUCUCCGUCACCAUCCACAUGAAGGAGAUCACUCUGGAGGGGGAGGAGCUGGUCAAGAUCGGAAAACUCAAUCUGGUGGAUCUGGCGGGCAGUGAGAACAUCGGGCGUUCUGGUGCUGUAGAUAAGAGAGCUCGUGAGGCGGGAAACAUCAACCAAUCACUGCUGACGCUGGGACGAGUCAUCACGGCGCUGGUGGAGAAACGACCUCACGUCCCCUACAGAGAGUCGAAGCUGACCCGGAUCCUGCAGGACUCUCUGGGGGGACGAACCAAGACCUCCAUCAUCGCCACCGUGUCUCCGUCCUCCAGCAACCUGGAGGAAACUCUGAGCACGCUGGAGUACGCCAGCAGAGCCAAGAACAUCAUGAACAAGCCAGAAGUCAACCAGAAGCUCACCAAGAGGACUCUGAUCAAGGAGUACACGGAGGAGAUCGAGCGUCUGAAGAGAGAUCUGGCCGCCACCAGAGACAAGAACGGAGUUUACCUGUCCUCCGAGAACUACGAGAGCAUGAUGUCUCAGAUCACGUCUCAUGAAGAACACUCUGUGGAAUAUACAGACAAGAUCGCCGCCAUGGAGGAGGAGAUCAAGAAGGUGACGGAGCUGUUCGUGGACAGUAAAACCCGUCUGGAGCAGUGCACCGUGGAGCUGGACCACAAGCAGCACAGGCUGGAGGAGACCAGCAGAGACCUGCAGCAGACCAGAGAGAGACUCAGUGAGGAGGAGACGGUCUGUUCACACCUCAGCUCAGCUCAGGAGACGCUCUACAACACCGCAGGACAGCUGCUGGUGACGGUGGAGUCGAGCACCAGAGACGUCUCGGGGCUUCACGACAAGCUGGACCGCAAGAACAAGGUGGAGCAGCACAACAGCUGUGUGCAGCAGAGUUUCAGCGGUCGGAUGGACGGAGCGUUCAGCGACCUGCAGCUCCGCCUGCAGCAGCACGGAGAGCAGCAGCGAAGCCUCCUGACCGGCUGCAGGGACGCCCUCGACGGCGUGCUGCAGAUGAACGAGGCGGCGCUCAGCGGGUCUCUGACCACCGUGGCGUCUCUGGUGGGCGGAGUCGGGCGCCUGGUGGCGGACGGCGUUUCCCGCUGCAGAGAGCGGAUCGUCCAGCAGGAGGCGCUCUGCCUGCAGGACAAGGAGAACAUCCUGCAGCUGCUGGAGGAGCACCGUCAGGACAUGGAGGAGGUGCUGGUGGCUCGGACUCUGAUGGGUCUGACGGCGAUGAAGGAGCUCAGCGACACUCUGAGGUCGACGGUGGAGAAGCAGCGAGAGAUGGCCGUGCAGGUGGAGGCCAUAAAGGAGGUGGGCGUGUCCUUGAGCGGGCUGGUCCAGGAGCUCGCCGGGCUGAGGGAGGAGGCGCUGCAGAGUCUGAGCUCGCUGCAGGACGACCACCACAAGCUGCAGGAGCAGAUCAGACAGGCCGAGGAGGACCAGACGUGUCUGCUGGAGCAGAUCAACCUGCUCAGCCUGAAGACCAAGAAGAACUUCUCAGAGCUGAAGACCUCCUCCUCGGCUCUAAAGAAACCUCUGCAGCUCCUGCAGGAGAACACCAGCAGCGGCGUCGGCUCUGUGGAGCAGCGGGCCUCCUCCCAGGUCCUCCUCCUCUCCUCCUCCUCCUCCUCUCUGGCCUCCUCUCUCAGUCAGAACGCUGCUGAGGGCCACCAGGCUCUGGAGGAGCUGACGGGCUGCUGCUCUCACCUGCAGAGCUCAGUAUCAGGUCUGGUCCAGAAGGACCUCCAGUGGAGCUCCAGGUUGAGGGAGCAGGCGGAGUCGGCAGCCCAGGAUCAGCUCUCUCUGCUGGGGAAGGAGUCGUGUGCAGCUCAGUGCCUCCAGCAGAGCUGUGAGUCUCUGGGCAGCGAGCAGCUCCGCUCGGCCAGCGAGGACCUGUCGGCCCAUCAGCAGCAGGCGAACCGGACUCUGGUCCAGAUCCAGAACCAGACGGAGCAGGACCAGGGAGUCCUGGACCAGCAGAGGGUCCAGAUCCAGGAAGGUCUGGAGACCAGCUGGCAGCUCAUCAAUGACUUCCUGCAGGAGGAGCUGCAGCAGGACGUCCCCACAGGUACGACCCCUCAGCGUCGGGAGUUUGUGUAUCCGAGGACGCUGGAGAAGGCGAGGAGGCGCAGCGAGCUGCUGGAGAGCGUGAGGAGGAGACAGGAGGAGCUGCAGGCGGCGCUGCAGGAGGAGGAGGAGCAGCAGCAGGAGGAGGAGCAGGAGGAGGAGGACAAACGGAGCCAGCUGGAACACGAGCCUCUGGAGGAGGACGUGGCGUUGGCUAACAGCAGCGUGUCCACCGAGCCGUCCUUCAUCGACGAGAACCUCGUCUUCAACGAGACCAAACGGGUUCCCUUCUUCAAGCAGAAGAAAGGAGGGAAGAAGGAGUGGAAGCUGCCGACUCGGCCGAAGGCAGAAAACGACUCGACGACGCCGCAGAAGUCCAAACUGCCGCUCCGCUGCCAGAACUGAAACAUUUUAAUUAUUAUUAUCAAAACAUUUUAUUCUUUAUGUUUUAAUCUUUCUGUCUUGUGAACCGUCUUCUUGUGUUUUUAGUUUCAGUUCAAAUUGCUUUUAAAAAAUAAAGAUUUAUACUUGUUUUUUAUAUA